AUGUACUCCCAUAAUUCUUCACGCCCUCCUUUACCAAAAAAUGGAUGCGCUAAAAUCAACCCCUCAACUCUUGCUGAUUUAUAUCCCGAAGACUUCUCAAGUAACGAUUAUUUAUAUCUUGAGUCUCAACUUCGAAAUUAUAUUUAUAAUGUGCAACGCGAUCCUCAAUUUUCAGAAGUUGGAGAUUUAGGAAGUCUUGCUCAACAAAUGGUUAAAACUGGUAAAAAUACAGUUUUUCCAUUGGUUUAUCGUCUAAUCCAAUUGGCAUUAGUUCUACUAGUUGCGACUGCUUCUGUUGAAAGAGUAUUUUCUGCAAUGAAUAUUGUCAAGACUGAUUUGCGCAACAAAAUGGGAGACGAGUGGAUGAAUGACUGUCUGGUUGUAUACAUCGAGAAGGAUAUUUUUGCAACAAUUGAAAAUGAGCAAAUAUUGCAGCGUUUUCAACGGAUGAAGACUCGCAGAAUGCAAUUGCCUCCUCUUCGUUAUUCGAGUGCAACAACUACCAAUACUUCAAGUGUUAAUCAAUAA